ACCGUGUUUAACGGAAUAACACAUUUUGCUUUAACACCGGAAACCAGUCACUGUUGGACACCAACGAAGAAGAAGUUGGCGGUAAAUUCCUUCUGCAUGUAAUUUCGUUCAUCGAGUCUUUUGUUACAAGGCGUUUUCACCAUGAUUGACUCUCAGGAGGACGCUCUUGGUGACAUCCCUGACUAUGACGGGUUAGAGGAUGAAGCUUUCCCUCCUCUUCCUCCCCCCCAUUCUCCUGGACAGCAGGAACACGGGGAGCUGUUUGGAGAUGCGGAGGAGGGGGAGGUGUCGAAGCUGGCCGACGUUCCUGCUGCUAAACGAAAAGGAGUGAAGAGACCACAACCCAAAUUGGACUCUCAGAGACUAAUUUCAGAGAGAGGACUUCCAGCUCUACGCACGCUGUUUGAUGAUGUUCACUUCAGAGGCAAAGGUCACGAGGCGGAGGACCUGAAGCUGCUGAUGCAGAAGAUGGAGAACUGGGCCCACAGGUUGUAUCCCAAACUGCAGUUUGAAGAUUUUAUAGAGAAGCUGGAAAAACUUGGCAGCAAGAAGGACGUGCAGACGUGUCUCAAACGGAUUCGACUGGACAUGCCGCUGACACACGAGGACUUCAUGGACAAAGACGGUGAGGAAGAAGCUCCACCUGAGAUGCAGGUGUUCCAGGAUUUUGAUCCCUUCAGCAGUGAGAGUUCUGUUAAAGACCCACAAGGUCUUCUCCGGUCCACCCCGGUCCCUGCUCCUCCGGCUGUCCCGCCUCUGACUCAGGAUCAGCUCGACAGGAUGGAGCUGAACCGGCAGCGAGCGCUGGAGAGGAGGAUCGCUCGUCAGCAGCAAACAGAACCUUCUGACACCGGGCCUUCGCCAGCUUCCUCCAACAUCCUCAAUGGUUCUGCUGACCAGGAGAAGAUGCAAGAUCUGGACCUGGAUCGGUCCUGCAGCACACAACCUCCUGCUCUUCUACACACAGACCCAGAACCUCCUGCUCCUCUAGACGCUGACCCAGAACCUCCCGUUUCUCCACACGCCGACCCAGAACCUCCUGCUCUUCUACACACAGACCCAGAACCUCCUGCUCUUCCACACAAGGACCCAGAACCUCCUGCUCCUUCACACGUGGACCUAGAACCUCCUGCUCUUCCGCACAAGGACCCAGAACCUCCUGCUCCUCUAGACGCUGACCCAGAACCUCCCGUUUCUCAGCACGCCGACCCAGAACCUCCUGCUCCUUCACACGUGGACCUAGAACCUCCUGUAGAACCUCCUGCUCCUCCACAUGCCGACUCAGAACCUCCUGCUCCUCUAGACGCUGACCCAGAACCUCCUGCUCCUCUAGACGCUGACCCAGAACCUCCUGCUCCUUCACACAUGGACCUAGAACCUCCUGCUCCUUCACAUGCCGACUCAGAACCUCCUGCUCCUCCACACGCUGACCCAGAACCUCCUACUGAGUCCACUCUUGGUAAGGAGGAACCGGUCCCAGAGGGGCCGGAGGAAGAAGUUUAAUGCCAGCGUGGUUCUAAAACCUGAACAACCUGCAGUUCUGGUCCACUUGGUUGUGCUUGGUUCUGGAUGUUUUGACAUUUGUGACCUGAAGGUGAAGAAAGAGUCCAGGUUUUGGGACACAAAGACUGUGGCUGCAGGUCAAAGGUCAGAGACGUUUAUACGAAUCACAUUUUAUUAUAAAAGUCAGAAUAAAGUUUGAGUUUUCCUGAAA